AAUCAAGAAGGCUGGGUUGAGGAUGAUGAAGUUGAUCACAGGUCUUGUAUUUUUGUUCCUAAUUAUGCUAAACGUUAUCGAAGGAAAAAACCUGGAACACAAUCAGAAACAAGUGAAGAUCAGAAAGGAAAAACUUCAAGAUUAYGAUCGUAUCAUUGGUCCAGUGGAAUAUCGUUCCAAGCUCGUUCUUUUGGUUAAAUUUUCUCUGUCCGUUACGAACCUUGUUAAUGUGGACACCAAAAAGGAAACCUUGUCUCUGGACGUAUGGGAAGUUAAGGCUUGGACAGAUGAAUAUCUYAAGUGGAAACUCAGCGACUUUGGUGGAGUUGGAAGGACUAUCUUUGCCCCSGAUGAAAUCUGGGUACCCGAUAUUACGCUCUACAACAGCGCUAACRGMCCUGACAGCCUAAAAAACUUACCAAGUAAACACGUGACCAACGUUUACGUGAAAAAAAGCGGUGACUGCCUUUGGUUUACUCCUAAAACGUACACCAGUAACUGUAAGAUGAAUGUUAAGUACUGGCCAAUAGAUGAGCAGGUGUGUACGCUGACCUUUGGAUCGUGGACGUACUUCGAUCACGAGAUGAAGAUCGAGCCGCAUACGUUAAAGAACGACAGUGGUGCAGUUCUACCUUCAAACGGAGAGUGGGAGAUUAAAUCCAUCAGAUACGUCACWGGAAAAACCGACCAUAGCAACUGUUGCGAUGGUAACUACAGCACUAUCAGCUACCACAUCACUAUCGCUCGUAAACCAGCUUAUCUCCUCUUCUACUUGACGCCUCCAUCGGUCAUCCUUGGUAUUCUGACCCUCAUGAGUUUCUUCAUCCCCACCGAGAGUGGAGAACGAAUCGGUUUCGUCACCACGAUCUUGUUGACAAUGAUGGUGUUUCUCCUUCUGAUCCCUGAGUAUCUCCCCGAAACCUCGGACGAGAUUCCUGUUCUUGGAGUUCUGAUGAUAACAUUCCUGAUCCUCAUAGCAGUUGUUCUCGUGGCAACGAUUGUGAUUUUGAAAUGCUAUCACAGUGAAGGUACACCCUCGUCUGUAAUCCRAAUUCUCUUCUGUCAAAAGAAGCAGAAGUGCCCAGCAAGAAAAGUUGGCAUUUCACCAGAGAUUCCGAGAGAAGUAGACAAUGGUAAGGUCAACCAUGGUCAGGAUGAUUCUACCGAGAUGAUUGACAUGGAAGAACCAGUGCGCAUGCCUAGUAAGGAACCAAGAAUGGCCUUCACUGAGGAUUCGAACGAAAAGGAAGAGUUUAAGUGGCAUGAGAUGUCUGAUAGGCUGAACUGGGUACUCUUCGGCGUCAUUCUAGCCCUGUCUGUACUAACGAUGCUGCUGAUCUUUUUUAACCGCUAGUUACACGCCAUCAAGGCGGAAGGCUACUUUGCAGCAUUCGAUUUCGCAUCUAUUCAUAGCUUUGGAGAUUGCAAAGGGUAGACUAGUUUAGAAAAUCUUAAAUGAUUGCAUGAAUUAUUAAAUGGAAGAAACAACUAUAACUGAUUUAAGCUUAGAGAAUGCAUGAAGAUGAAUAACCUUUUUARAGACCUUUAAAUAAAACUGCACGUCGAAGUUCUUGUAGCUAAAGUUGGGCAUGCAAAAAAAUAAAGCUAAUAAAUGACUAUAGCUAGUAAUUCAUAUUUUUUGUAUUCAUAGGYUGUUUGAAGUAAAACAGCGUAUGGUAAAGAUAUAUAAGAUUAAGAAGAAUCGGGCAGGAAACAAGCGAGUUAUGGGCGUUUACUAGUAACUAGUAAUGGUAGACUCGGACGAUAAGCAAUGAUACACUUACGAUUUACCGUAUCCAGCCAGUGCAGCAAAACAUUACGCCGAAGCUAUAGAGGUGUAUCAGUAUCCACGAGUUCGCCAUAGGGCGCGUUUGAUUAUUACACGGUGUUAAACCUGCUUAAAAUAAGAUUCAUCAUUUGUUCUUUAUACUCCGACGCAGCUGGAUA